AAGAACCAAUUAAAUUUUAAACUUACGAUCCACAUCGCGCGCUGUGUGAACAGUGCUUAUGUUCUACAAUACCAUAUGAUUUCCACUUUGCCGGCUGUUGUUACGUUUUGUCUCUUCUUCUUAUUCGGCAGCAAAAUGCUUAGGAUUUUCAAAUUCCGCGUUGGAAAUCGCUUAUAUUCUGUGAAAGCGGCCAAGAAGGAUGCCAUAAAAUACACUGACACCAUCAACCUACCAAAGACCAAGUUUCCGAACCGGCUGACCGCAGCAAAACGUGAGGAACAAGAGCGUCUAGUUCUGGAGAAGAAGAUUGCAGUAUCAUAUGCGUACCAGGAGCAGCGACUGGCGGAGAAAGGGAAACCCACCUUCGUCCUUCACGAUGGACCGCCGUACGCCAACGGAGAACUCCACAUGGGCCACGCCGUCAACAAGAUCCUUAAAGAUAUCACACUGCGCCAGCGGGUAGCACAUGGUCAGCAGGUCAACUACAUUCCUGGCUGGGAUUGUCAUGGCCUGCCAAUAGAACUGAAGGCCACAAGCACUGCUCAAAAUCAGAGUGCUCAAGAAAUCCGCAAAAAAUCUCGUGCCUUUGCUUUGGACGCCAUUAGAUCGCAGAAGGAGGAGUUCAGCAGCUGGGGCAUUUUGGCUAACUGGCAGAAGGAUAAUAUCUACAUGACCUUCCAACCAGAGUUUAUAGUCAAUCAAUUGCAAAUGUUUUACAAUCUCUAUGAGAAAGGACUGGUCUAUCGCGACCUAAAACCAGUUUACUGGUCACCGUCAUCCAAGACAGCCCUGGCCGAGGCGGAGCUGGAAUAUGAUGCCAAUCACAUAAGUCCCUCAGUAUAUGUGAGAUUUGCUAUUAGUCCAAGUAGCUUUGAUAUAAAGGAUAAGCAAAUUUAUGCACUCGUCUGGACCACAACUCCUUGGACCUUGCCGAGUAACCAAGCCAUCUGUUACAAUGCCUCUUUGGAAUACGUUCUAGUUAGGUUGUCGGAUCGCAACCAGGAUGAGCUAUACCUCAUGGCUUCAGCUCUUAUGGCGGACUUUGAGGCCAAUACUCAGCUAAAAUGUGAGAUAGUGCAGCAUUUGAAUGGAGAAUCCUUGAGCAAGCUGAGCUAUAAUCAUCCAAUUGACAAAGAACAAGCGAAUCUUCCCUUCUUCGAAGCCAGUCAUGUGCAGGAUAGCAAAGGAACUGGCUUGGUGCACACAGCACCGGCCCAUGGACCAGAAGAUUUCCUUGUUAGUCUGACCCAAAAAAUUCAUGUUAAAUGUUUUGUGAAUGAGGAGGGCACGUACACCAAGGAAGCUCCUGAUUUUCUACGCGGACAAUCAGUGUUGGAUCAGGGAAAUUCCCUAGUCCUCGAACGCAUAGCAGAGGAUGUAGUCCACUCUUCCAAGCUGGAACAUUCCUAUCCCAUAGAUUGGCGCACAAAAAAGCCUGUGAUAAUUCGUGCCAGCGAACAGUGGUUCAUUAAUACCGAAAAGCUGAAGUCGCCUGCUGCCGACGCCUUGGAACAAGUUGAAAUUUAUCCUAGAGCCAAUGCUGACGCCAGCAAGAAGGCAUUGCUCACCCAACUCCAGAAGAGACCCUAUUGGUGCAUCUCCAGGCAGCGAGCGUGGGGCGUUCCCAUUCCUGUACUCUAUAGUCGGGAUUCCGGAAAAGUGGUACUUAACUCCACUCUCAUAGAACAUCUCUGCAAUCUGUUGCGCCAGGAGGGAUCAAUCGACUUCUGGUGGGUGAAAUCCGUGGAGGAGCUUGUUCCUGCUAAUUUACUUCGUGAGCUUCGGUGUGAAGCCAAAGAUCUUGUCAAGGGCACUGACAUUUUGGACAUCUGGUUCGACUCUGGCAGCACAUGGUCUGCUGUGCUGGGGAAGGAUAAGAUAGCCGAUUUGUAUCUUGAGGGUUAUGAUCAAUUUACCGGUUGGUUUCAAUCUUCCCUUCUAAUGAGUAUUGCUGCUCGGGAAUGUGCCCCUUAUAAGGCCCUCUUUGUUCACGGAUUCACAGUGGAUGAAAAGGGAUACAAGAUGUCAAAAUCGUUGGGUAACGUAAUUUCCCCGAAGCAGAUUACCAAAAAGUAUGGGACGGAUGCACUGCGUUGGUGGGUGGCCUCCCAUGGAACGCAACACAUGUCCAUUACGGUUAGCGACAAGCUACUGCAGCAGGCGGCAGAAAAUCUGGGCAAGGUCCGUGGGACUCUGCGGUAUUUAAAGGGCGUAAUUGGAGAGAAACAAUCGGCGGAGAAGCUAAUACCAACUUCAGAUAAGAGCUAUCUUAAUCGUUAUUUGUUAAGCGAGUUGGUUGAGUUUGAAUCUGAGGUGGAGAAGCUUUACAAUGCUUAUGAGUAUAAUCGUGUUGUGGCCUAUGUUCAAAACUUCAUUGCCAAUCAGGUGUCCGCCGUCUAUGUGCAUCUCAUCAAGGACCGUCUUUAUUGUGGUGAUGAUCAGGAAAUACUGGCCAUUCGUCAGACUCUUAGCCACUGUUACCAACAACUCUGCAAGAGCUUAUGGCCCAUUGUUCCCUUCCUCGUGGAGGAAAGCUGGAGCUACUAUGACACUACAUAUGCUGCAUUCCAUGAGCAGAUUGUUCGGACUAAACCUGAAUGGCGGGACAACAAAGCCACUGAAGCGAUAAACGCAGCGUUCGGUGUUAAACGUCUUAUCAACCAGCAGGCUGGCGAUGUUAACUCUUGGCACUUGGCCGUGACCAUCAAAGGAAAGGAAAGCGGCCAGCUGGAUUUGCUGAGAGAACUUCACAGGCCCCUUGGAGAGGCUUUCAGCAAUUCUGAAUUAUGCGAGAUACUGCAAGUGGGGUCAGUUACUCUGUCGCAGUCCAAUAAUGACGACUUGGCCAUUGCUCUAAGCACACUUCAGACAUCACUGUGCCCGCGUUGCCGUCGCUAUGGUCUGGGGGAUGAGCAGAAAACCUGUCAACGAUGCUCUAACGUUAUGAAUGCAAAGAACUAAGCAUGUUGUUUUUUAAGUGUAAGGAAUACAUUUAUGUUUUU